AGCUGUUGGUGCAGCAGAGAAGCAGGUCCAGAAGAGGGAAACACUGUAGGAGUGUUUGGACAACAACACCCGGAUUUAUUAUCAGAGGUGAAAUAUAAGGAGGGAAUAAGAAAAGAGGAAACACAAGAUUUCCGCAAUAAAGUCUGUGUAGGAGCCGUUAUAUUAUAAAUAGGAACCAAUCUUUGUCCGGGUAGGUGUUCCUCCCGGAAGGGAAAACCGUUUUGACCGUCGAAGAAGUUUGUUUGAGAUAAAACCUGUCGGACUAAAAUUGUUUGAAGUAACAAAACAGAGAUUAUUAGAACCGCAAGCAUUGGUCUCGGCUCUCUUCAUAAGAUGUGCUGAGGGCUGUUGGUGCGUACUAACUUUUUAAAUCCUGGAGAAGCACUUCCAGGGCUUCAAGCCUCUACGUUCAAGUCCAAACUAUUUGGUGACACGCUGGACUUUUGAAAGAAAGUACGCUCUUGUUUGACAAGCGAAAGGAAAUAUUAGCGCCAUAUGUGGAGCAGGCUGUGAGCUGAAGCAGCGUGGGUAGCUACACCUGUCUGCUUACGUGAAGGAGAGGACACCGGAGAAGGGGACACCACCACAGCGGAACCUUGUUUGCUCACCUGCCGGAGAGGUGAGAGCCAGCGGAGCGUGGGUGUUUGGUUUGUUGGUGUGGGCAGCGCGGAGGACACCGAGGGAAAUCGUUCGUAUGGAUCAUGGAGCAGCAUUUCUCUGGAUAAGACUCUGGAGUUCUGAGGAUGUGACGACGUCAUCAUAUCAAAUGGGAGAACCAGCAGAAUGAUCAGCUUCUUCUCUCCAAAUGUUUGCUGAACAUAUGAAGGAGGAAAGUGUCCGAGUGGACCUGAAUGCUGCUGGUUUAACUCUGACUGAGUGAUGAGUGGUUUGGUGGAAGAGGAGGACGGAGCAGAGCCUCCAGCCUCCAGACGUCUGUCCACGAAGAGUGACCGAUCCAAAGGUCCUCCAGGCUCCAGUAAAGAACCUGAACCCUCAGACACAAAGGUAGAAACACCUCGAAAAAUCCUUUAUGGGAUUUUGGAGGAUUUGGCCAAAGAAGACUUUAAAAAAUUUAAGUUUUUGUUGUGUGAUAAGUUGAUGAAAGACUUUAAUCCAAUCCCAAAGUCUCGACUGGAGGAAGCCGAUAGGAUGGACACAGUGGAUCAGAUGUUUCAGAGCUACUGCAUCUACACCAUUAAAGUCGCUGUAAAGGCUUUGCAGGAGAUUCCCAGAAAUGAUCUGGUGGAGAACAUCCCAAAAACCAUCAAAGAACCUGAAGAGAUUCUCACUGAGUGUCAACACAACCUGAAGUCUACUCUGAAGAAGAAGUUCCAGACAAUGUUUGAGGGUGUCUCUACAGCAGGACAAACCCUCCUGAAUGAGAUAUACACAGAGCUGUACAUCACAGAGGGACGGACUGCAGAGAUCAGUGAUGAGCACGAGGUUGGACAGAUUGAAGCAGCAUCCAGGAAGUCAGACAGAGGAGAAACAAACAUCAGACCAGAAGACAUCUUUAAAGGCUCACCUGGAAGAGAUGGGCCAAUCAGAAGAGUGAUGACAAAGGGAGUGGCAGGCAUCGGGAAGACCGUGUUGACACAGAAGGUGACUCUGGACUGGGCUGAAGACAAAAGCAACCAGGACAUCCAACUUAUGUUUCCAUUGACUUUCAGAGAGCUGAAUUUACUGAAAGAGAGAAAGUUCAGUUUGGUGGAACUUGUUCAUCACUUCUUCAGUGAAACCAAAGCAGCAGGAAUCUGCAGGUUUGAACGCUUCCAGGUUGUGUUGAUCUUUGACGGUCUGGAUGAAUGUCGCCUUCCUCUGGACUUCCACAACAAUGAGAUCCUGGAAGAUGUCACAAAGUCCACCUCAGUGGAUGUGCUGCUGACAAACCUGAUCAGGGGGAAUCUGCUUCCCUCUGCUCGCCUCUGGAUAACCACACGACCUGCAGCAGCCAAUCAGAUCCCUCCUGAGUGUGUGGACAUGGUGACGGAGGUCAGAGGGUUCACCGACCCACAGAAGGAGGAGUACUUCAGGAAGAGAUCCAGAGAUGAGGAGCAGGCCAGAAGCAUCAUCUCCCACAUCAAGACAUCACGAAGCCUGCACAUCAUGUGCCACAUCCCAGUGUUUUGCUGGAUCACUGCUACAGUUCUGGAGGAGCUGCUGAGAACCAGAGAGGGAGGAGAUCUGCCCAGAACCCUGACUGAGAUGUACAUCCACUACCUGGUGGUUCAGGCCAAAGUCAAGAAGGUCAAGUAUGAUGGAGGACGUAAGACAGAUCCACACUGGAGUCCAGACAGCAUUAAGAUGGUUGAGUCUCUGGGAAAACUGGCUUUUGUGCAGCUGCAGAAAGGAAAGCUGAUCUUCUAUGAGUCCGACCUGACAGAUUGUGGCAUCGAUGUGAGAACAGCCUCAGAGUACUCAGGAGUGUUCACACAGGUCUUUAAAAAGGAGGGUAAUCUGUACACAAACACAGUGUUCUGCUUCAUCCAUCUGAGUGUUCAAGAGUUUCUGGCUGCUCUUCAUGUCCAUCUGACCUUCAUCAAAUCUGGAAUCAACCUGUUGGAAAAACAACAAACAUCCUGGUGGCCUAAAAUGCUGAGAAGGAAAGUUGAUCCGUCAACAGCUUUCUACCAGACAGCUGUGGACGAGGCCUUACAGAGUCCAAACGGACAUCUAGACUUGUUCCUGCGCUUCCUCCUGGGUCUGUCACUGCUGACCAAUCAGGACAAACUAGGAGGCUUGCUGACACAGAGAGGAAGCAGCUCACAGACCAAUCAGGAAAUGGUGGAGUACAUCAAGAAGAAGAUCGAGAAGAAGGUGUCUGUAGAGAGAAGCAUCAAUCUGUUCCACUGUCUGAAUGAACUGAAGGAUGUUUCUCUAGUGGAGGAGGUCCAACAGUCCCUGAGAUCAGGACGUCUGUCCACAGAUGACCUGUUUCCUGAUCAGUGGUCAGCUUUGGUCUUCAUCUUACUGUCAUCAGAAGAAGAUCUGGAGGAGUUUGACCUGAAGAAAUACUCUCGUUCAGAGAAGGCUCUUCUGAGGCUGCUGCCGGUGGUCAAGGCCUCCAACAAAGCUCAGCUGAGAAACUGUAACCUCUCAGAGAGAAGCUGUGAAGCUCUAAUCUCAGUCCUGAGCUCUCCGUCCUCCAGUCUGAAAGAACUGGACCUCAGCCACAACGACCUGCAGGAUUUAGGAGUGGAGAUUCUUUCUGAUGGACUGAAGGAUCCAAACUGUAAACUGGAGUCUCUCAGUUUGUGGGACUGCAGUUUGACACAGAUCAGCUGUGAUUAUCUGGUCUCAGCUCUGAAGUCCAACCCCUCACAUCUGCAACAUCUGGGCCUGGGUAGAAACAAAGAGCUGAAGGAUUCAGGAGUGAAACAUAUGAGUGGUUUUGUGGAGAGUCCAGACUGCAUCCUAAAGACUCUGAGUUUGUGCAGCUGCAGCUUGACAGAGCUCAGCUGUGAUUAUCUAGGCUCAGCUCUGAAGUCCAACCCCUCCCAUCUGGAACAUCUGGACCUGAGUGUGAACAAGCUGAAGAAUUCAGGAGUGAAACAUCUGUGUGGUUUUCUGGAGAGUCCAGACUGCAUCCUGAAGACUCUGAGAUUGAGGAGCUGCAAUUUGUCAAAGAUCAGCUGUGAUUAUCUGGGCUCAGCUCUGAAGUCCAACCCCUCCCAUCUGGAACAUCUGGACCUGAGCAGCAACUACUACAUGCAGGAUGCAGGAGUGGAACAGCUGUGUGAUUUUCUGGAGAGUCCAGACUGCAUCCUGAAGACUCUGAAAUUGAAGGGCUGUGGUUUGUCAGGGUUCGGCUGUUAUUUUCUGGUCUCAGCUCUGAAGUCCAACCCCUCCCAUCUGGAACAUCUGGACCUGACCUUCAGCGACCUGAAGGAUUCAGGAUUAUUAUAUCUGAGGGGUUUUGUGGAGAGUCCAGACUGCAUUCUGAAGACUUUGGAAUUGGUGGGCUGCAGUUUGUCAGAGAUCAGCUGUUAUUAUCUGGUCUCAGCUCUGAAGUCCAACCCCUCACAUCUGGAACAUCUGGACCUGGGUGGAAACAGAGAGCUGGGGGAUGCAGGAGUGAAACAGCUGUGUGAUUUUCUGGAGAGUCCAGACUGCAUCCUGAAGACUCUGAAAUUGGGGAGCUGUGGUUUGUCAGGGAUCAGCUGUGAUUAUCUGGGCUCAGCUCUGAAGUCCAACCCCUCCCAUCUGGAACAUCUGGAGCUGACCGGCAACAACCUGCAGCGUCCAUCAGUGAUACAUCUGUUAGAUCUUAAGGAGAGUCCAGACUGCAGCCUGAAGGAUCUGGGAUGGUGGUGAUGAUCAGGAGGAUGUUUGUGGUGAGAGGAUGAAGUGUGUCCUGAUGAUCCAGAGGUUGAAGCAGCAGCUGGUAUGUAGAGACUCUGACUGGUCCAUGUUACUGGGAGGUGGUGAGCUUCAUACAGCAGAGACUGAAAGGAAUCAGAAGAAGUGGACAUGAGUGUCAGUGCUGCAGCGUGAACUGCUCUGAGAACAGCUGGCAGCAUGGUUCCUGUGGAUCUCAGAGUAUCAUGAGUGGAUGUGGACUGCUCUGCUGCAUCUCUGUCCUUCUACUGAGACUCCUCCACUCCUUCUGCUCCACACUCCUCCUCCACCUGAGCAGGAAGCUCAGCGUCAGUCUGCUGCUGGCUUCAGGUUUUGCUCCUUCAAAGUCUUCUGGAUCAGAUUUCGUAGAAAACCUCUGAAACAUGUUCUGUAAUGAAGAUGGAAUUCCUUCUGCAGGUGAGAUUUUCUGUCUGGCUGCUCUGAAAUCUGUGAGCGUCUGUAUCUGUUGAACUCUCCAUAAUAUUCUGUUCCUGGCAUCCUUCUUGUUUUUUCAUCCAUUUCCGUUUCAUUAGUCCUAAACCUGUCUCUCCUGUUUCCUUCACAAUCACUGCAGUCCAGCUGCUAUGAACUCUCAUGUUUCCAUAGAUUUCCUUCCUUUGUGGAAAUAAAUCAAGUGUUUUGUUGUUUUGUAAAGUGGACAGAUGGUAAAAAGCAGCUUUUUAAAGAUCCUUUGAGGUUUCAGUAGAAGAGUCAUCUUGUUUUGUCCGUGUGAGAAUAAUUUGUGCUUAUCUGAUUCUGAGCCUUUUGACAGAUUUUUAGAGGAGAAUUAACUCUUGUGUCGUCCUGCGGGUCAAAAUUGACCCGGUUUAAAGUUUGAAAAUGCUGAAAAAAAUUUUUUUUCACAGUGAAAUUUGUGCUGUCCACAGUUUCAACAUUUUUGGGAAAUCUUUGAACAUGUUUUUUUUUUUUGGGAAAAAAAUUGAUUUUUAUGUGAAUGUUCUUGAAGAAAAUAAUAGUGUAUGUGUGUAUAUAUAUAUAUAUAUAUAUAUAUAUAUAUAUAUAUAUAUAUAAAUGUGUGUGUGUGUGUGUAAUCAUUUUAGAUAUUUUUAGGACGUUGUCGGAAGAUUUUUUUACUCAUUUUUUGAAAAUAUUUACAAGAAUUUUCUUGCUAAAUUUGGAGGAUUUUUAAUUUUUUUUAAAUUAAGUUUUCAAAGGAAACUUCUAAGGAAUUUUUGGAAUUUUCUUCCUGAAGGUUUUGCAAAUUUUCUGAAAUUUGGGGAAUUUUUUUGUUGAAUUUUUGCAUUUUUUUUUUUUCAGACAAGGAAACAAUAUUUUUUUUGGUGCCUGUAAAUGAGGACCACAGAAUGGUUGAAGACGAAGGUGUCCUCAUACAGGUUUUCUGCUCUCAUUAGUGCUGAGUUUAUUUCUGUGAUUUACAGGGAGUCAGGUCAAUUCAGUUUUUUGUUCGGCACAUUGAAAAUCACCAAAGCGUAAAACACCUAUAACUUGAACCUGCAUUCUGUCUAAGAGCCAGCAGGGGGCGAAGCCGCUAUUUGCUAAACAAAGUCUGAUUGCAUUAAAGAGAAAAUUAAUCUAUUUCUUACUUUAUAUGCUACCUCAAUAAACAUUUGCCUAAUGA